AUGGCGCUGUCCUGGGUAGGGGUGUGCCGAGGGUCGGCACUGCUAGUACUGUACGGAAUGCGACCGAUUGGGGUCACUGCCAGUCUGUGUAGCCCAAUACCGGUUUCCACGCGAGUAAGCUUGUCCAUCUGCAGGCGUUACUCGUCCUCUAAGGCCAGGCUUGGCCUGGGUCGGCGAGUAGUGACCAGACUGCAGUGGGCCAAUGAGAAGUACGAACGCUUUCUCCAGCGGCGUUUCCCGCGCUUUUACGUUUUGUAUCACACUUUCAUGCGAGGGUUUCGGCUCCUCUUCCAAGAUGCCAAGGAGGUCAGGAAGAUCAAGAUGAAGACGCUCAGCGGUGGCGUUCAGUUCCAUCAGCUGCCCUACCGAGAGAUGGAGACACUCAGACAGUUUCGCAGAGAUCUGAUUAAAGCCAUUCCUCUGGUGCUGAUAUCAGUUCCUCCCUUUGCCAAUUACCUGGUCUUUGUCCUCAUGUACCUUUUCCCCCGGCAGCUCCUUAUUCGGCAUUUCUGGACGCCGCAGCAGCAGGUUGAGUUCCAGGGGGUGUACCACGCCCGGCGGGCCCAGCAUCACGGGGCAAUAGUGCAGGGCAUCACCAGGGCAGUGCCACGCGUCCAAAACCAGCAGCAGCAGAGCUUGCUUCUAGACCUGUGCAACAAGGUGCAAAACGGGGCGCACCCCAGCGUGUCAGAAAUCCAAGCGGUGCGAGGCCUCUUCUCCGGGCCGCCCCUUGGAAUGAAGAGGCUGGACACUGAUCACAUGAGGCUGCUCUGCUCCCAGCUCUUCCUGACGCCCCACCUACCGGCCUUCCUGAUUCGCCAGCGCCUAAGUGGCCACGCCUUAGAGCUUCUGCAGCUGGACCGUGCUCUGAACAGGCUGGGCUUGCACCAGCUGAGCGACGCCGAGCUGCGGCAGGCCUGCUAUGUCCGGGGCCUGUACGCCAACGGUCUCAGCGCCAAACAGUGCCGAGAGUGGCUGUCCCACUGGCUUCAGCUAUCCACUCGCCUCAAAGAGUCAGAAGCGUCUCUGUUGUUGCACGGCAUGGUCCUGCUCUCUGUAAACUCCCUGAGGCUCUUUCACCGCUGACCAGAGGAGAAGCCUUCCCUUUCCGCUCGCUCGAGCUCGGCGGCUUCUCUCAGGAGGCCCCCACGCCGAGGGGGGAGGGCCGGGGUGGCAUUGUUUCAUCAAGGAAUCCCCAUUCCAGUCUCGCCAGUACACCAGCUGCUCUUAAACGCGAACGCCACGACUCGAUGCAGCGUCCUCGUCCCUGACAAGCGGUGGACGGAGCCACCCUCUCAGUCAGGUCAUCGCAUCGAGCCGUGGUCUUCUUGUCUCUCAGGCUCCGGAGUCCAGCGGUGUUUACUUGAACUUCUGCACGUCUGUACCUGGACUGCGGGGGAGAAUGUGAUCGAUUAAGGAAAUUAAACUCUAAGUGUGCAGUGCACCGCGUGGUCCAGGGGUCGCCUGCUUUUGCUGUUUUAGCUGUGUUUGUUUUGAGGCAUUCCAUUUAACGAAAAGCACAACAGUUGUCAUGCGCCACCUUGCCGCCCUUGCUUGGCUGCGAUCUCGUUAUUUUACGGCCGGUUUGCAGGUGUCCAUCGAACCCUCAGGUAUGGACACUGGGCCAACUUCGCUAUGCUUUGUUCAUUUUAAAACAGCAAAGGCUCAGCUGUGUGAUCUGGGCCGCUGCACUAAAAGAAGACGUUUAGGAAAGUGAUAACAGCCUCAAGGAGGGUCAUGUUGUACUGUUUCAAAGCCAACUCCCCUGGCUUAUUUGGGUCAAUUAAAUAAAACACCCAAUUACACCCAUUCAUCUCCCACAGUACACUGCACAACAUUUUUUUUUUAGGUACAGGGCACAUAUAUAAUGCUCAAUAUUUUCUCAUUUGCUAAAAAAUAUCAGCUGGAAUAAAUGAUUGUGAUAAUUAAGUAAUCAGGAGCUGGAGUUGAGCGAAAACUAUCGUACCACUUUACCAUCCAGGACCAGAGCUCCAUUAUCUUGCUCCACUGCACUGAACUCAUGGCAAAACAUGGUUUACUUCUCAUUGUCUGUUGUUGCAUCCCGAACCACAGUGACCUGUGGGCAAACACAGCGUUUUACAUUGUUCCUUAAUUUUCUCUGUAAUAUGUGUGACUUUUGUUCAGAACAUACCUCUGAAGCAUUAUGACUGUUUUUUUUUGUAAUGUAAUUGCUAGUCUGGUGUUACAGCUGCACUUCAAUGCAAAUAUGGUCAUAUUUCUCAUGAAGAAAUGGGAAAGAUGUCCUCAUGUGUUAAAUUAGUUUGGUGUGGUGGCUCAGUAACCUUAUUCUCCGGAAAGGGGCUUGUUCAGUCAUAUUUGGAAUUGGUUGGGGGUUGGUUGGUUAAGGUGUCUUAUAGUCCACAUUGGAUGCACAGGUAACUUGUAUAUUCACUGAAUGGCAAAAAAGAAAAAAAGACAGAUGUCCCAUUAAAUAUUGCAUAUGUGAUCAUGGUUGUAUAAACAGACUUAAAGCAGUUUGUGUUUUUGGGUCAAGGAUGUAGAAUCAAACUAAACAACGUACGUAUGUGAAGUGAAGUGACUCUGAAUUGGUUUCAGAUUGGAUCAGAUGUUACAUUGCUUGAAUGCACGCCACAAGCUGAUUACAAGUUAUUCUAAAUGCUUGAACCAAUGGUCAUGGUUUCCGUGCAUCCUCAAUAUUUCUCCUGACUUUUCAUAUGCUUCUGUGUAUUUGAGUUUUGCCAUUCCAUGCAGUUUACAAACAUUCAAAGGAAAAUCUUGCUUAAGUAUGUUAAACGGCAAGCCCACGUCUAUAAUCACACUUGUCGAUUGCAGUAGAAUAUAACCUUUUAUUGUCCUUUGUUCUUACUGUUGUUUACUUGAAUUUACUUUGCCGUGGAUUCGAGGUUAAGUGCAAUCCAGUACAUGAGUAUGAGCUCUGAGAUACCCCGGUUCAUGCCGGCUUUGGAGAGAUGGAUGCGUUAUUAUAUCGAUGCGACUUGGACUAUUUUCAGUCCACCUGUAAGCACUUAAUGAUUAAAGUUCUACCAUUUGUCAUAACUCUAACUACAAUGAAAAAUGUAACUACAAAAAGUGGUACUUGCCAAAAGUGUGUUAGUGCUCUUACCUGGUGUUGCUGUGGCUAGAUUCAAUUGACUGAAAAUCCCGGUGCCUUUGCUUACAAGAGGCAUGUCAGGAGACGUGCAGUUUAGGUGGUAGCAUGCGUGUUGUAUGUUGUGGCCAGUGAGUAAGAAUUCAUUUCCAUUUUAAUUUUAUUCUAUAUUAUUUAAAGCCCCUAUAUAUUUUUGUUUGCUUUUGGAGGAUUGAUUUGAACUGUGGUGUCAAAAUCUUUGCGAAACGCUUCAAGAAAAAACUGCGAUGCCCUCUCAAAAGUUUGGAAAGCUUUAAAAAUAAAACCAUUUUCCC